AUGGAAUUUGCUUGCAUAACAUAUGAGAUGGUUUCAAGUAUCUAAAAAUUUAAAAUAGAGCUAUAAUUUUAAAGGUCAUUGUUGUAGCAAAUACUGUAAUUGCUUUCUAUUGAAGCCACUGUUUCUAAUUUUUGUUAACCGAGAAUAAUUAGAAAUGGUAAAUUUUGUAACAAUUGA